AUGACUACGAUAGAAAAGACAAAAUCUGAUCUACUGCGCGUUAAAAUUGUUCAACGUUCAACAAUUGUGUUAUUCGUCACUUUAUCGUCGUUAUUAUUUGUGUAUUUGAAUCAAGUGCAACCAAAUUAUUACAUUGAUGAGGCAUUUCACAUACCACAAGUGCAAAAGUACUGUAAUGGUACAUUUUUUGAGUGGGAUAAAAAAAUAACAACUCCACCAGGUCUCUACGCACUCUCAACUAUCCUCUUAGCCCCAGUAAAGCAAUGUACAACCUUCUUCCUACGAUCUAUCAACUUGAUUUUAACAUUUUCAAAUUUGUAUCUGACGUACAAAAUAUUGAGUACAAAAGAAUGGACUGCGAGGAAAGAGAAUGCAUUGAAAAAAUUUGGGGUAGCCUUUGCAGUGACAAUAUUCCCUCCCCUCUUCUUCUGGUUUUUCUUGUACUACACUGAUGUGUUAUCGAUGAACUUGGUACUCUUGGCAUUCCUCUUGCAUGAGAGGGAGCAUUACAACAGUUCGGCCUACAUAGGUGGCUGGUCAGUGUUGGUGAGGCAGACCAACAUAGUAUGGGUAAUUUUAUUAGCUGGUGAGCGUGUUUUAACGCUGAUUGAAGCACAAACACCACGAAGUAUCAAGACACUGGUGAAUAGAGGGCUUCAUACUACGCCAAUGCACGCAAAAUUACUCUGGAAUAACGUUGUUCACCACAUCAGACGAGGAAAACUUCCAUUCUUGAUAUUUGUCGGAGAGAUGUAUUCUAGUGUGCGUGGACAUGUACAAGUCCUGAUAAUUUUUCUACUGUUCGUAAUCGUGAACAGAGGAAUUGUCCUGGGUGAUCGUAAUGCCCACGUUGCCACGAUACAUGUUCCUCAACUCUUUUAUUUCUCCGUAUUCUCGUCUGUCUUCGCCUGGCCCUACGUCUUACCUCAUUGGAGAUUAUUCCUCCAGUUUAUCCGUAAACACUGGAUCAAGACAAGUGUAUUAUUGGCAUUAUGCACGAUUAUUGUGCACAAUAAUACUCUCGUACAUCCUUAUUUACUGGCUGACAACAGACACUACGUUUUUUACGUUUGGAACAAAAUAAUGGGACGCUAUUACCUGGCGAAGUAUUUACUGGUACCAGUUUAUGGUUUCUCGGUUUAUGGGCUUUUGGCCUCUCUGCAAGAUUUGAGAUAUCUCACAAAGAUCCUCUAUAUCGUGAGCAUCACCAUCACUCUUGUUCCUCAGUUAUUACUUGAGCCACGGUACUUUGUCAUUCCUUAUGUUCUAUUGCGUCUGAAUAUGACUGAGCCAAAGUCUUGGCAAUUGUUCAUGGAGUUGAUCACAGCUGUCAUCAUAAACGUUCUCCAAUUUUAUAUUUUUGUGACUAAAAGUUUCUACUGGACAGACCAGGAGGGCCCACAGAGAAUAUCAUGGUAAUUUUUAAUUAUCAUUUUUCUUCUUGGAGAUGCCAAACCCUGUGCCGUCUAUAGGUUUGUUUCAAACAACUGAGUUCACAGAUGAUAAUGAACUUAAAGAUAAAUAUAUGUUCUGUAUGUAAUCAAAUUGGGUCGUUGCAUGAUUUUUUAAAUUGAAAGCUAAUGAAAUACAACAGUUGAAUGAGAAAUAUUAACUAUACCUUUUUCAUCAUCUGUAAUUCAUUAAUUUCGAAUUUUUAACGAUAAAAAUACAUCCCUUAUAUUUUUCGGUCGACUUUCAAGUUAAACACUAAAAAAAUGCCCAUGCAAGCCCCAAUUUUCUUUAGAAUUCGACUGAUGAGUGAUAUUGUAAUUAGGAAUAAACAUGGAAAGAAUAUUAAAUUAAGAAUAUUCGUUGUUCAUUACAACUAAGCGAGAUCUUAUAUUUCAAUAUUUUACAUUUUACAAAGAAGAAGUCUUAAGUGUAGUAAUCCUUUUCUGGAUUUUUAUUCUCUAUUAUUGAGUAUGCCGUAUAAAUAAGUAGCCCUACAGUUCGUCAUUUCAUUUCGUAUUAUACAAAUAUAAUACAUCUCUCCUGGUUCAUUUUUUAUCCUCCGUUUAUUCUCGUCGCUACAGUAAGGUGAAAUUAUCGAUAAUAUAACUUGACAAUUAUACAAGCAUUAUCUUCUUUGACAUUUUCAUCUCAAUGUAAAAAUUAUAAUAAAUAAGUUGACAAUGUAUACGUGUAACCGAUUUACACAUACAUCUGUGUAAGCGGACAGGGUUUCUUUACCCAGUUUUUCACGCUCAAAGUGUCAUUAUUACGUCAUAAUUCAAAAACUUUUUCCGCCUCUCAAUAUAAUUCGUUUAAAUACUGGGUAAUAAAUUUAAUUUUCAAUUUGAACAAGGUUGUCGUUGUGCAGGGGGGGGGAGUCACUGUGUCAUCACUACGAGUGACAUUUAAUGCAAGUAUUUGGUUAAUGCCUUCGUAGCAUAUUUAAUAUAACGCAUUUUUUCAUAAUUAUCAUUGCCUAACGCUCUCCUUUAACACACCGAGUAUUUUGAAUAUCAUUUUACAGUUUAUGGAUUGAAAUAACUCGGAAGCGCUUGAAAAAUUUAUCUCAAUUUAUUCUUCUUUUUUCCUUUUUUUUUUGUUAAAAAACUAAA